AUGAGUGGCAAACUGUUCCAUAUUGAUGGUGAGCAAUAUGAGAAGCCUUUAUUGACGAGAGCUGAGUUGAGUAUGGCUGUCAAGUGCCUCAAGUGUUUGAAGGUAAUGAAAGAGAAAGAUGAAAUAAAAUGUUUUCAAUGUGAAGCUGUUUAUCACAUUAAAUGUGGUGGAUUAAGCAAUGCCUCAUUCGAUGCGGUUACGAAUGCAAAGAAUGUAAAGUGGUUCUACAACUGCUCUUUGAAGGUGCUUCCAAAUGUAAAAAUGCUGGCUAAUUUCGUCAAAGAUAACAAUGUCAGAAUUGAAGCAAAAAUUGAGGAAAUUAAUGAUUUAAAUGCUGUGGCUAGAGACGAGCUGAAACAAAUAAAGAAUCAGAAAAAAGGGAAUAAUAUUGUAAUGUUUAAUCUGCCUGAAAAAGAAGAUAAUGUUAACAGAGUCAAGAAUCGCAUUAAGAAAUUGUCGAGUGAUGUCAAUAAUCAUGACAUCGAAAAAAUUUUCAAACUUGAACAUAUGGCAAAAUCAAAAAUUAGUCCUAUAUUGAUAGGGAUGAAAGAUGAUGCCAUUAAAGGAACAGUCAUGAAAAACUCAUUCAAACUGAAAUCUUUGUCUGAUGAUCUCGAUCUGGCUUGGUCAACGUCACGAAUUAAAAAACUCGUUGAUGAAGAAAAAGCAAAUCAGCCCUCAAGUUUGAAAUUAUUAUUCAGGGUAAAAGGAACGAUAGGCAAGUGGCGUAUUGUCAAGUUAAAAAAACCGGAAAAAUAA